CAAUAACAAUUUUUGUUUCAAUCAUGGUACGCGUGCUCAAGUGUUGAUGUAACAGUAUUUAUUUAACAUUAUUCAAAUUUGUCGAAAAAAGUCUAUUCCAUAAUAAAAUUUUGUUAAAAUGAGUUGGAUGAGUGGACUUGUGACCAAAGCUCUUAACGUAGUAUGGCAACCGCAGAUUAUGUCCGUUCGUUUUCGCUAUCAUGCCGAUAAGGUAGCUCGAGGUCCGCUGGUACGCCGGUAUGGCUACAAGGAGAAAAUUCUACAAGGUGGAAUGCUUCCGCAUCUGGAUAAUGGCCAUAAUCUACCGAUGCCAGAUUACAGGCCUAAAAAUGCUUGGUGCGAAAAGCGCGCCCUGUUUGGCCAGAACGACUACAUUGACAUCUUAGGGAAUGACCGUCUGCACCCGACCCGCGUUCUAUACUCCGUUCCAUCCUGGUUGCGUGGCGUAUCGGGUAAUGAGUACCAGGUUCUCCUCCGGAAGCGUAAAAUGCUGAGUCGGACAAUCUACAAGAUUGCGCGUCCUACCAAGUGGAGGGAUAUGGAGAAACGUAUUUCGUAUCUUUACCGGUUCCUGAAUAGAAAAACCAAAACUGGACCUUCGAACAUUUAAUUAUUUAAAAAAAAUUCUUAUGGGUUUGUAUUUCGAUAUAGUUACAAUACAAAAGAAUAGUAUAAUAUGGAAAA